UCCUUCUGGAUCUGAGAGUGUUGCUUUCGUAGAAGAAGAUCUAAACAGCGAGCUGAUGAACGAAGAUAUACGUAUCCAUAGCUGGCCUUGUUCUUACUAUUUGGACACCAACAAACAAUGGGUCUCUGGCAGACUCUCCUUGACUCCUGUUGCCAUCAAAUUUACAGCUGACAAGACUGGGGAGCUUUUGGUCAAUUUCCAUCUUUCCAGUAUCAGUGAAAUCAAGAAGGAAUCUUCAAAUUUAAUCUUCAGCUCUCUUACCAUUUUAGAGAAGAACACCAAGCACUGGUUCAGUUCUCUGCAGCCCAGUAGAAAUGUGGUGUUCAACAUCCUUGAGCACUUCUGGAGGGAGCAGUUGCUUUCAAGCCAAGGUGGAGGAGCAGAAGCAGCACCUUUGCAGUCAACAAAGGGUAAAGAACUGACGGGUUUAUUGACUGGAUCACAGAAACGACUGGAGGACACAGCAAAAGUGCUGCAUUACCAGGGCGAGCAGUUUGAUAACAUCAUGAGAGGACUCAACAAGAUCGAAGGGGAUAUGGAUGUAGCAGACAG